AUGUCUGCUAACUCAUCACUAUGUCCGAAAAUCGAUGUGCUUUAUUGGGAUGCAUCGAAUGUUUACAUUGAAUGUCCUUACUGCGAAGAGAGACAUUGCCACGGUAUGGUACUUCCAGGCAGACGUCUUUCGCACUGUAACACUGGCCAAUACGAGUUCAUACUUCCUAUCGACGAAAGCAGCGAGCUUGUUGGCUAUGAGAUUGACAAACGAAGGGCCCGCUUCGUGAAUGUUGGCUUGCGGACAGUCCAAGGGGAUGAGACUUUACAUUCUCCAGAGCAAUAUGAGUGCGAAUUGGACGAUCGUUUUCGCUCCGCAAUGAAUAUCUCGGUCGCAGAGCGAAAUUCAGCACCUGCCUUGAAUCUUUAUGAAGAUUCAAGAGAGCUUGAAACUAUCGUCAUUUCAGACGAUGACACUUUUGAGGAAAAGAGGAUUCUAUUCGCCAUUUCAGAAUGCAUAUGUGGCAAUUUGCAUACAAUAGGCCAAUAUCUCAGUACUUCGGCCGAAAAGAAACUCUUUCUGACCGGUAAAAACAAGAAUGGAGACACUACUCUGAUUAUGGCUGCAGCGGAGAAGAACCAUGAGAUGGUAUCGUUCCUUCUACAAAAUGGUGCAGAUGCAAACGCUAUCAAUAAUAACGGACGAACUGCACUUAUGGAAGCAGCGCUCUGGGGCCGAAUUGAAAACAUAAAAGUGUUGCUUAGCGCCAAUGCCAACAAACACCUUAAAGACCAUGAGGGUCGCUGUGCAAUGGAUUUGGCACAGCCAACUCGCAAGAACGAAAAAGAAAGGUAUUGGCGUUCUAGUCUUGCUGCUGCGGAUCGUGUACCCGAGCGUGAUAGAGAUAGACGGCAUAUUGUGAUCCUGCUCAGAGAUCCGGUCGACGCCAAGGAGCAGCAUAAGUACACUGGACCACUUUCGGAGAGUGAAUGCAACAAAUACCGCUUCAGGAAAUCUGGAUCUGAGAUGGCCAUAACAUUUUAUGGGCCCAUUUGCAGCUACCGUGUGCCAUAUAUCACCAAAACUGCCGCCGUUCUCGAUCGGGGAGAUCAAUUCGCUCGUAUAUCGGCAACCAGUGGUUGGGCUCCUGGUGCUCUACCUCCAGAUGAUAGAAGUAGACUGAGAUGGAUUGAGCAAGUCUAUUGCAUUGCAUCCAUAUAUUUUGCUUCCCAUGCGGAAAAGAAGUUGAUCGCAUACUUUAUAGACAGGCACGUGUUCAUGCCUCAAGACACAGAGCCUGAUCAGAAGUUGGAAAGGUCAAUUCUUAAAGCAGAAGCCUCUCUCGAAGAGGGAAAGCACUUGUUCUUAGCCUGGGCAAAGGUGUGCGAUCUUGAAGAGAAAAGGGGAGAGUUGAACCGCCGGCUCUUCGACGCAGAUGACCAACUACUGGGUGAUUGCUAUGAUGAGCAAGAGGUCGAAACACUGAAACACGAAAUUGAUGCGAUCAAUGAACAACUUUCAACCCUUGAGUUGGACGCUAAUGUAGCUGCAAUGAGGGCUACGGAGAAAGAGAUAGGCAUUUUGUCGAAAAGAAAUGAGAUGCAUCAGCGUCUGAUGGAGCUGAGUAGACAUCAGCCGCGUAUCUCAUUGAAGCAGGCAGUCAUACUGAGUAGCAACAAGAUUUGCGACGACUGUGAUAUGUUUAAGAGAAAAGUGAACAGUUAUUUUCAACUGGAAAUCGAUAUGAACUGGCGCACCUAG